AUGUGGUCUUACCUGUUUGGCACAGGUGCAACGAGCAAGAAUAAGGAUGCCCCCAAAAAAGCGAUUCUAGAUCUACGGGAGCAUAUAACACUACUGGGGAAGAAAGAAGCACAUUUGCAAUCACAAGUAACCGUACAAGAACAAUCAGCUCGGCAGCAACUGGCGAAAAACAACAAAGUAGGAGCUAAAAAUGCGUUGAAACGAAAGAAAACGUAUGAAUCGCAGUUGGUGAAGAUUCAGGCACAAAUGGAUUCGCUCGAGCAACAGCUGUAUUCGAUCGAAUCUGCGAAUCUGAACCUGGAGACUAUGAAGGCGAUGAAACAGGGUGCUUCUGCAAUGAAAAACAUCCAUAAGGGCAUGGAUAUUGACAAAGUGGACGAAACUAUGGACGAAAUUCGAGAACAGGUGGAAUUGGGCGAAGAAAUUUCCGACGCCAUCUCUAGACCCUUGCAUGCGGGUGCAGAAGUGGACGAAGACGAAAUCGACGAAGAAUUGGAAGCUUUGGCUGCUGAAAACGUGAAACAAGAAGUGAUACCACCGCAAAAACUGCCCUCAGUUCCCCAAGACAAAGUCAGGGAGUGGCAACCGCCGCAGAAGGCCCAGGGAGAAGAACAAGAAGAAGAGGACGAAGAAGAAGACGAGGAUGAACGGGCGUUACGCGAGUUGCAAGCAGAAAUGGGUUUAUGA